UGAAUUUCAACUCAUAACCUACUAAUUUCAUGUCGUGGGUUCAAAAUUGGUUGCCACCCCUACUUAAAUCUAUAACCCACCAGCUUGGGCUCUUGGCUUUGAACCUACAUUUUUGGCGCGGACAUUAACUAGUAAACAGCGCAUGAACAUCACUGCCCUGGUCUCUAGUCCUAAACUCUUCUUAACUCAAAUCUCUUAACUCUAGUAUUUGUCUUAACAAAACAAAUGAGUACAGUCUCGUUCUCUCCUGCUACUUCCAUGCAAUUAUUAGAUUCAUUUCCAUCUUCUUCUUCUUCGUCUUUCUCCGUCCCAUCAUUGCCCCUCAUCAGAACCAAUAAUUACUCCACCAUACCCUUCAAGAAGAAAUCUAAAAGAAAACCCAGAACCCGAUUGCUGUUACUCAAAGUUACAGCUUCUUCAACAGCCAAAGAUGUGUGGCGUAGAACUCCACUUCACGAAACGGUGUCGUCCUCGCCUUCUCAUCAGCACCAACGAUACUCUAGAAAGAAACAAGAGCAAGUGCACUUGGAUCACAGUGUGGACAUGGACGAGCUCUUGGCCUCAAUGGGUCAAACCCAGAACGAGCAUGAACUGUAUGCGCUAAUGUCACCUUACAAAGGUAGACAGCUCUCGAUUCGUUUCAUGGUCUCGUUGCUCUCGCGCGAGCCCGACUGGCAAAGGUCGCUCGCGCUUCUUGAUUGGAUCAACGAGGAGGCUUCGUAUUCGCCUUCGGUGUUCGCGUACAACGUGGUGAUGAGAAAUGUGCUUCGCGCGAAGCAGUGGGAGAUUGCGCGUGGACUGUUUGAUGAAAUGCGCCAAAGAGCGCUAGCGCCGGAUAGGUAUACUUAUUCGACGCUUAUUACUUAUUUUGGGAAGGAGGGUAUGUUUGAUUCUGCAUUGGGGUGGCUGCAGCAAAUGGAGCAAGACCGUGUGUCUGGGGACCUUGUGUUGUAUAGUAAUUUGAUUGAGCUUUCACGGAAGUUAUGUGAUUAUUCCAAGGCUAUUUCGAUCUUUUCGAGAUUGAAAGGGUCGGGCAUUGUGCCUGACCUGGUGGCUUAUAACUCAAUGAUUAAUGUUUUUGGCAAAGCUAGGCUAUUUCGAGAGGCGCGUAUUCUUAUAAAAGAGAUGAGGGAGGUGAGUGUUUUGCCAGAUACAGUGAGCUAUUCGACACUUUUGACAAUGUAUGUUGAGAACCAGAAGUUUGUUGAGGCAUUAUCUGUGUACUCUGAGAUGACUGAGGUGAAGUGCCCACUUGACCUUACUACGUGCAAUAUAAUGAUUGAUGUUUAUGGGCAGCUAGAUAUGGCAAAGGAGGCUGACCGGCUGUUUUGGAGCAUGAGGAAGAUGGGAAUUGAACCCAAUGUCGUUAGUUACAAUACCCUUUUGAGGGUUUAUGGUGUGGCUGAGCUUUUUGGGGAAGCCAUCCAUCUUUUCCGGUUGAUGCAGAGGAAGGAUAUUGAGCAGAAUGUUGUAACCUACAACACCAUGAUCAAGAUUUAUGGGAUGACUCUUGAGCAUGAAAAAGCUACAAAUCUUGUGCAAGAGAUGCAGAAUAGAGGGAUUGAACCAAAUGCCAUUACGUACUCAACAAUAAUAUCGAUAUGGGAUAAGGCAGGGAAAUUGGAUCGAGCGGCAAUGUUGUUUCAGAAGCUAAGGAGUUCGGGGGUUGAGAUUGAUCAGAUUCUUUAUCAGACGAUGAUUGUGGCUUAUGAAAGGGCAGGAUUGGUUGCCCAUGCUAAGCGUUUGCUUCAUGAACUCAAGCGCCCAGACAAUAUCCCUAGGGAGACUGCAAUUACAAUUCUUGCUAGAGCAGGUCGGAUUGAAGAGGCUAUGUGGGUUUUUCGCCAAGCUUUUGAUGCUGGGGAGGUGAAGGAUAUAUCUGUGUUUGGGUGCAUGAUUGAACUUUUCUCAAGGAACAGGAAGCAUACAAAUGUCAUUGAGGUGUUUGAGAAGAUGAGAAUGGCAGGAUAUUUUCCUGAUUCAAAUGUCAUUGCUCUGGUUCUGAAUGCUUAUGGGAAGUUGCGGGAAUUUGAGAAGGCAGAUGCUAUAUAUAUGGAAAUGCAGGAAGAGGGGUGUGUUUUCCCAGAUGAAGUUCACUUCCAGAUGCUCAGUCUCUAUGGUGCUAGGAAGGAUUUUAAGAUGGUAGAGUCACUGUUUGAGAAGCUGGACUCUGAUCCCAAUAUCAACAAGAAGGAGUUGCAUCUUGUGGUUGCGAGCAUCUAUGAAAGGGCAAAUAGGCUUAAUGAUGCAUCCAGAAUUAUGAACAGAAUAAAUGAAAGAAGAACUUGGACAUGACCAUUUUUAGAAGUCCACAUCUGUCUUUGUGUCUUGUAAAUUUUGCAAAACCAUUGUAAAAUGUAUUCUUUUCUGCUGAUAAUUUUGUAAAUCUUGUAUUUGAACCUCUCAUAUCUCCAACACGUCCAUCACAUUGAGUUGUUCAGCUCACUAAUGAUCAUUGUAGCACAAGGCAGGGAAGAUGACAUAUAGUUGAAUAGACAAGAACACUUUAAGCAUCA